ACCAUGGCCAGCGCUCUAAUCUUCCUCCUCCUAACAGCCACCAGCUGCGCCUACCUGCGACUUGCCCGAGCUGAGGAGUCUUCGCUGGAGACACGCUCCUUAGACUUCACUUUGAAAACCCAGCAGGAGAAAGACCUGAUCGAUGCUUUGCAAGAAGUUCUAGAAAAACUCAGAAACAAAGAAAUGCCCUUAGAGAAGAAGCUUGGCUGGUUACCCUCGUGUGAUGCAGGAGAGCCGUGUGCUGUGCGUAAAGGUGCUCGCAUUGGCACCCUGUGCAGCUGUCCACGGGGGACUUCCUGUAACUUCUAUGUCCUCAAAUGCUUGUAAAGAAGAAAUAGAAGGUUACAAAGGAGGUCGGGUCAAUUCGCCCUUUUGCCAAUUUUCUACCUAAAGGUUGCCAUUUUGUUUGUUCCUACCAUUACUUAAUGUCUUUCUUUCUUUCUUUCUUUCUUUCUUUCUUUCUUUCUUUCUUUCUUUCUUUCUUUCUUUCUUUCUUUCUUUCUUUCUUUCUAUAUAGACCCAAAUUGUUCAUAAUCUGCACGUAAUUAAAUUAUUUAACUUGCACCCUAUUUCUAUUUAUUUCAGGCCAGUUUUAAAGUUUUUAGAAUUUGUUUCCUUCAAAUUGUGAAGAUUACCUCCAACAGUAUUAAUUGUAUAAUAUAAUAUAUGAAAAUUAAUUUCAGUCUAAUUGAACAUUUAUAAACAAAACAUUUUAAUCAAUUAAUUCCUUGGAAAUGUUUACUUGGAAAGUUUUAGAAUCCAGAUUGUGUGUAAAAAUUGAAAAGUGCUCUUAAAGGCCCCAUGCUUGCCCUGGGCCCUAUGGUUUGCGCCUUAGGCUGGCUCUUCAGAUUAUAUGACCUAAUUAAACAAAAUUGAGCAAUACCUUGCUGGCGCAUUUACCUUGCUGGCGUCUUGAAACAUUUUUUAAAUGAGAGACUAUGAGUCAAUAAUUACUCAUCAGAGAAGGUUCAGCAUAUGCUCUGGUAAUAAGGUAAACAAUGAAUGAAAAUUUAGGUUAGUUAUGUAAUGGCAAAAGGGCAGAAUGAUUGGCAUCCAUGACAUGUGUGCUGCAGAGAAAAUAAAAUGAUGAAUGUAAGAUAUAAGUGUGCAUCUGGGCGCUGGUUCUGUGCCCACACUGAUUUUCAUGUGGGAAAAGAACUAUGUAAAAACUUUCUGAUGACAUUUUCUUCUAAUUUAGUCAAUCAUUGUGGAACACAUAGCUUGCAAUCUGUUUUCAAGCAUAUUUGUAAAAUUCAAU